UGCUCCAGAGCGGGGCUGCCCUGGGCACCGUCAGAGGGACAGGGCAGGACGGCUCCUGCUGCCAGGGACGGCUGCAGGGGCUGAAGCUGGGGCUGCAGCCAGGGCUGCCCAGGGCUGUGGUGCAGAGCAGGUGCUGCAGCCCUGAGGGCUCUUGGCCAGCCUAGGGCAUCUGCCACCUGCCAGGGGCAGCUCUCAGCCUGCUUGGGAGCUCCCAUGGACUGUGGGGAGAAGCUGGAGGUGGAAGGAGCCACCCCCAUCAGGGCAGAUUCCUGCUGCUGUGGAGAUGGUGCUGCAUGGCCAGGGCUGCUCUCAGCUUUCUCAGGAAGGAAAGGGAAAGGGGCUGUCAGGGUUGUCUGUGUCACUGACACUCCUGCACUGUCACCCUGGGGAUCAGCAGAUGUGCCUCAGAUCUCCCUCAGAAAGUGCCUCCUCACCCUCCUCUAGCUACAGACAGCAGCAGCAGCACCUUGGCUUGCAGCAUCUCUGUUUGUCUGAACUGCCCUUAAGGCCCUGGUGCCAGGGAGAUACCCCUGGGCAGUGCCGUGUGCUGGGAGGGGUGUGCAGGGCAGAGCUGAGCCCCCAGGGCUGGGCUGGGCUCUGGGAGCAGUUGCAGGGACAAGGCUUGGAUAGAGAGAAACAUCUGUCAGUGAACAAAAACCAGGCAGCAGAGAGGCAGACCGAACCUGGAUAUUGGUUCCUUUCCAGCAAGAAGGAAAAUAAAGGAGAGAAGAGUUUAGAGAAGUGUAUAUGGAAAUUGGAGCUUUUAAAAUGUCCACUUUUUUUUUCAAGAAAGUUGAUUUCAAGAAAGGUGAUUUCCUUGAAAUAGAAUUAGGAGAAAAGAAAAAAUGGGAGCCUUUUAGAGACCAGCAGGUCUGACUGCACUGGGAUACAGGGAGCUCUGGUUCCACUGUGGGUUCCCCAGUAUUCAAGGUGCGAUAAAUGCUGGAGACGAGGCAGUAACUCAGCUAGUCAUUGUCUUCUUUCAACAGUCCACGAUGCACAGAGUGAAGAAAUGUCCAACAGCAGCUCCAUCAGCCACUUCCUCCUGCUGCCAUUGGCACACACGCGGCAGCUGCAGCUCCUGCACUUCUGCCUCUUCCUGGCCAUCUCCCUGGCUGCCCUCCUGGCCAACGGCCUCAUUAUCAGCGCCGUAGCCUGCGGCCACCUCCUGCACAGCCCCAUGUUCUUCUUCCUGCUCAACCUGGCCCUCAGCGACCUGGGCUCCAUCCUCACCACUGUGCCCAAAGCCAUGCACAAUUCCCUCUGGGACACCAGGAACAUCUCCUAUGAAGGAUGUGCUGCACAGCUAUUUAUGUUUUUAUUUUUCAUUUCAGCAGAGUAUUUCCUCCUGACCAUCAUGUGCUAUGACCGCUACGUGUCCAUCUGCAAACCCCUGCACUACAGGACCCUCCUGGGCAGCAGAGCUUGUGCCCACAUGGCAGCAGCUGCCUGGGCCAGUGCCUUUCUCACUGCUCUGCUGCACACAGCCAAUACAUUUUCCCUGCCCCUGUGCCAGGGGAAUGCUGUGGACCAGUUCUUCUGUGAAGUUCCCCAUAUCAUCAAGCUCUCCGGCCCACAUUCCCAUCUCAGGGAAUUUGGAGUUUCUGUUUUCACUACCUCCUUUGCACUUGGCUGUUUUGUGUUCAUUGUUUUCUCCUAUGUGCAGAUCCUCAGGGCUGUGCUGAGGAUUCCCUCUGAGCAGGGACGGCACAAAGCCUUUUCCACCUGCCUCCCUCACCUGGCUGUUGUCUCCCUGUUUGUCAGCACUGCAUUUUUUAGCUAUUUGAAGCCCCCGUCCAUCUCCUCCCCAUCCCUGGAUCUGGCCCUGUCAGUUCUGUACUCAGUGGUGCCUCCAGCCCUGAACCCCCUCAUCUACAGCCUGAGGAACCAGGAGCUCAAGGCUGCAGUGUGGACACUGAUCACUGGACAAUUUCAGAAACAUUAAACUGCUGGCCAAUUUCUAGACAUCACUGAUA